GGGCAAAUAAGGAAGUGAAACCCAAAGCAAUUGUGGGUUUUGUUUUCGAUUUAUGUGACCAAAUUUCCCAUGUGUUAAGGUUUAACCUGCUGCUUAUAACAGAUAACUUUCAGAUAUGGGUGACUUUCCUGUAAACCCGCUGGUUGUGAUUGGUGUUGGGUCCAGCUUUGCCUUCUCCAGCAUUUUCUAUCAUUUGUACCAAGAAAAGAAGAAGGAGUUGGACAAGCUUAAGGAAAUACCCGUUUUCAAGCCAGAUCGUCAUUUGGUUCAAGUUCUGAAAUCCUCUCCCCUCAGGAGACUCCAGUAUGUUGCUGUUGAAGGUCUGGUCCAGGCAGACGGGGAACCUCUGGCCAGCCAGUUUGUCCCACGAUGCUUCGGUGUGAUUCAGAAGAUAUCAGUGGAGGAAACAUGGAAAUACUGGAACUCCCUCAGUAGGACAUGGAAUUCUCGGACAAUGAACAAAAAAGAAACCAACAACUCGGUGCCUUUUAGUCUGGUCAGCCCUGGAGCCUACAUCAAUGACUUGUUCGUGAGGGUUCAGAACCCUCUGGAGGCCUCUGGGGACUAUCUGGAGAGGGUGUAUUUCAAAGUGAGACGAGCCGAGGAGGGCUUGGUGGACGUGGUGUUGCAGGGAAUCAGCGGGGAGAAACCUGCGGCGAUGGAGGAGAGCGAGGAGCUCCUGCGGGUGGGGAGCACCCUGACUGGUUUUGGUGAGGUGGUGCUGGAGGGGGGGCAGGUGAUGAGGCUGCAGGCCCCACAGGACGGCCGCAAAUUUAUCCUGGUACCGUCCGACCACAGGAGCUUCUUGGACAGGCACGAGAGAUCGGCCAGCAUGUGGAAGACGCUGGCUGCUGUCACCGGCAUCACAGGGGCUUCUAUUCUAGCCAAGGUCAUCUACGGCUUUGUGGGAAAACAAGAUGACAGAUCCAAGUAGGAUUCAACACUGAAAGGCUGCAGGUGAAACAGCUUGAAUAUGUGCAUAACAGGUUUUGUGGGCCCAACACUGCCUCAGGUGAUUCAUCUUAUUUUCCAAAGUAACAAACUAUGAUCCCAGUUUAGAUUCCAGACUGACAGAUAUUUUUUUGAACUGAUUCAAGGUGUCGUGUACGGUGGCCAUCAGAGUCAAAACACAACAUUGGAUGGUAUAUAAAAAAAAAACAUUGAAAGAAAAACAUAAACACAGAAGGCAUGACAUUUCACAUGACACUGAAGGUAACAUCAACAAUGUUAUCAGAGAAACAGAAUUAAUCAUGUUAUUUUCUUAUUUUGUAAUAAUAUCCCCGUUCUAAAACAAAGACAACUGUUUUGUAAACAAGGUGACCUAAAACCAAAGUGGACACAUAGAUCACAAGAAAAAGUAUCCUGGUGUUGUUACCCAGCUCCAGAAAAAAGCUGCCUUCUCAAUAAUGUUUUUGACCCUUGUUGGCCACCAUACUAAUUGGAGGGAAUUCAUGUUUUUAACCACUGCUUGAAAUUGCAGUUUCAUAAUAUAGAAGAUCCUGCCCCUGAUGAUGACAGCAGAGACUGAGUGGUGCUGUAUUGUCUCAUGAAGACACUGAACAGGUGAGGCUGAAUACAGCAACAUGAACUCCUGGCAGGUGUAAUGUUGUAAACUCAGAGAGUUUGGGGAAACCUGAUCGUUCAUCUGUCAUUUCUCUGCAGUUACUGAGCCAUAAAUAUUAUGUACCAUGUGAUGAAAGUAAUCAGGAUAUUUCACUUCUUUUGGAUGUGCUAAACAUAUAAUAAAAAAGUCACAGCCACUGUAACAAGGGAACAAUGUAUUGUUAUUAUGACAUUCUAUUUUUAAAUCAUGUUUUUGUUUAACUCUUUUGAUGAAAGAUUUCAGCUGUGAAAAGAAUCAAAGACUAUACAGUUAUUGAAUCAUUGUGUUCAUUAAGACCAGACUGGAUGAAAUCUACUUGACUUAUUAGAAUCUAAAGGACUGUAUCAAUCAGGCAGGUCAUCCUCUACCUCUUUGAUCAUUUGUGAUGGUUGUGUUUCUGUUUUCUGACCUAGUCAGUUUGUAGAUUAAAAAAAGACCUUUAACUUUGCUGUACACAAUCUUAUUUGAACAGGGAUUCAGUCUUGUAAAUAUGAAAUAAAUCUACUUUUCAAUCAG